AUGCCCGCCGACACCGCCAAGCGGCCCCUGAGCGCGACCGACGCGCACCCGCCGGCCAAGAAGGCCAAGAAGCAGCCGCGCACCUCGGCCGCAGGAGGAGCACCGAGCAGCACCACCCCGCCGCUCGGCAAGUUCCUCGCCAGCAGCGAGAAGCACGUCCGCGACAAGGCCGUCGCCUCGCUGUCGCGCUUCCUCUCGGCGGGCCGCAUCCAGCCGCGUGCGGUCGACGGCGAGCAGGACGGCGAGAGCAAGGAGGACGAGGAGCUACCGGUCGGCGAGCUCAAGUGGGAGGACGAGUCGGCCGUCGACGCGCGGUUGAGGCCCGACGAGAUGGACAAGCUGUGGAAGGGUAUCUUCUACUGCUUCUGGAUGUCGGACAAGCCCCUCGUGCAGCAGCAGCUCGCCCAGACGCUCGCCGACUUGACGCUCGACGUGCGGCCCAAGAGCCGCUCGCGCAACGGCCGUGUCGAGCGCACGAGGGCCGCCCUGUGCUACCUGCGCGGGUUCUGGCACGCCAUCGUCACCGAGUGGUACGGCAUGGACCGGCACCGGCUCGACAAGUUCCUCCUCCUCAUCAGGCGCUUCGUCCACGCCGGCUUCCGCCUUCUCGAGCGUGAGGCGUGGGACGAGCACGCGGUCGCCGAGUACAACGAGAUCUUGACCGGCCCGGGCGGUCCUCUCCAUGUCCAGGACCCCAAGGUGCUCCACACGCUCGCGUACCACCUCGCCGACAUCUACAACGACGAGAUCGAGCGCACCUGCUCGGCCCACCUCGCGUCCUCCUCCACCUCCGCCUUCGAGUCCGACUCGGACUCUCCUGCCCCUGCGCCCGAGCGCGUCGUCCCGCUCGUCGCCCUCCUCGCCCCGAUCUGCCACACGCUCGCCAUCUGCCCGACCAAGGUCAUGUUUGCGCGCUUCACCGACAACGUCUUCUCGCCGCUCCUCGAGGCGUUCCUACCGCCCAAGCCCGACCCGCGCAAGAACCAGAAGCGCAAGAAGAACGACCCGCCGCCGCCGGCGAGGCAAGAGUACCCGGCCCUGCUCGCGUGCGCCCAGGUCGACGGCGCGACGAGCGACGCCGAGGCCGGCCCGGCGCUCGCGAGGGCCGUCAUGAAGGCGUUGUUCGAGGCUGGUGGCGCAGAGGAGACGGACGAGACGAACCGCAGGCGGAUCUACGAGUUUGUGAGCCGGUCGGGCGUCGACUUGGAAUAGAUGCGCGCUCGCACCCUCACUCUUU